AUGGAGGAGAGCGAAACCAUAAAAGCAGCAACAUGUCCCAACAGUCUGGUAUUGGCAGUUAAUGGAGAAAGGUUUGAACUCCCAAGUGUUGACCCCUCCACCACUUUGCUCGAAUUCUUGCGCUCUCAUACUCGUUUCAAGAGUGUCAAGCUGGGUUGUGGCCAAGGUGGUUGUGGUGCUUGUGUUGUUCUCCUAUCUAAAUAUGACCCUGACCGUGAGCAAGUUGAAAAUUUCCCAGUGAAUUCAUGUCUAGUACUGCUUUGCAGCGUAAAUGGGUGUUCAAUUACUACAUCUGAAGGCAUUGGAAAUAGCAAAGAUGGGUUCCACCCAAUUCAUAAAAGGUUUGCUGGUUUCCAUGCCUCUCAAUGUGGCUUUUGUACUCCCGGAAUGUGUAUGUCGCUCUUCUCCGCACUUGUCAAUGCUGAAAAAAAAGAUCGGCCGGAGCCUCCCCCAGGAUUCUCCAAGCUUACUGUUUCUGAAGCUGAAAAGGCUAUAUCAGGAAAUCUAUGUCGAUGUACUGGAUAUCGUCCAAUUGCGGAUGCCUGCAAAAGUUUUGCUGCUGAUGUUGAUAUGGAGGACUUGGGGAUCAAUUCUUUUUGGAAAAAGGGUGAGAUUGGGGAAGUAAAAGAAAGUAGAUUACCUUUUUACAGUCCAAAUAAUCAGAAUUGUAUAUAUCCUGAAUACUUGAAAGAUGAAUUUAAGUCUGCAAUGCCGUUGGAUUCUAGAAGAUAUUCCUGGUGCUGUCCUUCUACUGUUGAGGAGCUUCAAGGCCUGUUGGAAAUCAAUUUGGCUGAAAAAGGUAAAAGGACAAGGUUGGUUGUUGGUAACACUGGGAUGGGUUAUUACCCAGAACUUCGACAGUAUGACAAAUACAUUGAUCUGCGGUACAUUCCUCAGCUCUCAAUGGUUAAAAGGGAAAGAACAGGAAUUGAAAUUGGAGCUGCGGUGACAAUCUCAAAAGCUAUAAUAUCUUUGAGAGAAGAAAACAAAGAUAAGUCAUGCUCAGAAGACAAUUUGGUAUUCCUGAAAAUUGCUGACCACAUGGAGAAGAUUGCUUCAGAGUCCAUCCGAAACUCUGCUACUGUAGGAGGAAAUUUGGUGAUGGCACAAAGGAAUUAUUUUCCUUCCGAUAUUGCCACAAUACUUCUUGCUGUGGGCACAACAGUUAGUAUAUUGACAGGUCUGAAAUAUGAAAAGCUUACAUUGGAGGAAUUCUUGGAGAGGCCACCGUUAGACUCCAGAAGUGUUCUUUUAAGUGUUCAAAUUCCCCACUGGAAGCAUGUGGAAAAUGGACAAUCAACUGAAACUGACUCUAAGUUGCUGUUUGAAACAUAUCGUGCAGCACCACGACCACUUGGAAAUGCAUUACCUUAUUUAAAUGCUGCUUUCUUGGCUGAUGUUUCUCCCUGUAAGACUGGAGUUGUGGUAAAUAAGGUUCAGUUGGCAUUCGGUGCUUAUGGGACUAAGCAUGCUAUAAGGGCAGGGAAAGUUGAGGAAUAUUUAGAUGGGAAAACACUGAGUAUAGUUGUUUUAUAUGAAGCUCUUAAGUUAGUUAGAGCCACUGUGGUUCCUGAAGAUGGCAUUUCACAUUCUGAUUACAGGUCAAGCUUGGCGGUCAGUUAUGUUUUUGAGUUUUUUGGCCCCUUCAUUAAUGAGGGUGCUGUAAUGUCCAAUGGUUUAUUGGAUAGAUGUAAUGGUUCUUUGCUAGAAGAGAUGCCCAAGGUAAACAACAAUGGUGACCAUUUUGAUCUUACUGAAAGCCCAGCAUUGUUGUCAUCUGCAAAGCAGGUAGUGAUAUCAAGUAGAGAGUACCACCCAGUCGGUGAACCAAUUUCAAAAUCUGGUGCAGCCAUUCAAGCUUCUGGUUUGUUAUUCUUUUUAGGAUACGGCUCUCUUUAUCGCUUUGAAGUUUUACUCCCCAACGUCUGCCUAGUUUUACUCCCAAACUUCUGGUUUCUGGUCCCACCAUUUCCAUGUAUUAGAGAGCUUAAAUUAGAUCUAGAAAAUAGAGAUGUUUAAGGCCUAAAAGUAUUGAACAUAUAUUUCUUCCCUGGCCUCCUGCACAUAAAGGUGAUGGGCUAUACGCCAGGGUAAGCAAGGAUUUAAUCUUAGGUCUCUGGUCUGGUAUACCAACUAGGAUGACUGACACCUUUCACAAAUAUCAUGUUAUAAUCAUAAAAUCAUAAUAUAAUCUUCCGUCCUUGGUGUGAAUCUGUCGUCUUCGUUAUUGCCUGCUCUUCACUAUCUUUUAACAUGUAAGACUUCAGGUGAUCCUUAAUUCAUUCUCACUGUUUUUUAUAUACCAUUGUCUCUAAUUUCUUUUAUUGUGUUCUUUUUGUCUCUCUCUCUCUCUCUCUCUUAUAAGUUUGAUUAAGUUCUGUAGGAUGU